GUCUCUCUUUUUUGUGCACUUGACGUACAGUACUUCACUUCCUGAACAACACUUCAGAAAAACUUUCAAAAAUAUGUCAUCAAAAACUUUAUCAUCUCUUCUUCUUGCCCAAAAUUUAUUUUCACCUUCAUAUAAUCAUCAAAGAGUAACAUACCUAUACCCCACUAACAAAUUUAUUCCCUACAAACCACAAAAUGGACAUAAAUUCUUCUGUCUAUCAAACUCAAAUUCUGAUACCCGGAAUGAAGAAGUAGUCAUUGUUGGUGCUGGAAUUGCUGGGCUUGCCACCGCUCUCGCUCUUCACAGGCUUGGAAUACCAUCAACGGUUCUGGAGCAAUCAGAUUCCUUAAGAACAGGAGGGACAUCACUUACUCUCUUCAAAAAUGGGUGGAGAGUAUUGGAUGUACUUGGUGUUGGAGAUGAACUUAGGAGCCAAUUUUUUGAAAUUCAAGGGUUGUCAAUAAAAUCAGAUGAAGGGAAAGAGCUCCGGUCUUUCGUGUUCAAAGAUGUGGAUCCCAGUCAAGAGGUACGUGCAGUAGAGAGGGGAGUUCUUCUCCGGACUCUUGCUGAUGAACUACCCCCGAAUUCUGUGCAUUUCUCGUCCAAGUUGGCUAAGAUUCAAACAGAUCAAGGAACAGGGGAAACCAAACUAGAGUUGACUAAUGGAGCUAAAUUAUCAGCCAAGAUUGUAAUAGGAUGUGAUGGAAUCCGGUCUCAAUUAGCUCAGUGGAUGGGUUUUCCAGAGCCUAAGUAUGCAGGCCAUUGUGCUAUCCGGGGGAUGGCAGUAUAUAAUGAAGGGCAGCCUCAUCAACCACAAGUGAGUUACAUCUAUGGAAGAGGAAUAAGAGCUGGAUUUGUUCCUGUUUCGCCAACCAAAGUCUAUUGGUUCAUCUGCUACAACAGAAGCUCUCCAGGUCCUAAGGUUUCUAAUCCACUGGAGGUGAAGAGAGAAGCACUUGAUUUAGUCAAAAACUGGCCUUCCGAAUUGCUGAACACCAUAGAUCUUACACCUGAGGACACGAUCAUAAGAUCAGCUCUUGGGGACCGGUGGCUAUGGCCCGCUCUAACUCCUCCUGUCUCAAAAGGAGGCGUAGUACUAGCUGGAGAUGCCUGGCACCCAAUGACUCCCAACCUCGGACAAGGUGGAUGUUGUGCCUUGGAGGAUGCAGUUGUCUUGGCAAAGAAGCUCUCAGGAGCAAUGAGAAACGGUCAAGGGUCAAUCGAGGAUGCGAUGAGAUCAUACGGCGAUGAGAGGUGGACCCGUGUAUUUCCCUUAACAAUCCGGGCAAACUUUGUUGGCGGACUCCUCCAGUGGGAGAACCCAUUGGUUUGUGCUGUGAGGAAUGGCUUUGUCAUACCUAAGGUAGCUCAGAUAGGACCUCUGCUGGAGCAUACAAAUUUCGCUUGUGAAUCUCUGUAAAGGUGACGAUACUCAUAUAGAUUUAACAGUCUCCAACUGUAUUUUGGAGGAGAAAAAGGGAUAUAGUCAAGAUAUAUACUCACAAAUUAUAUUAGACAUGCAUAUAUAACUAUCUUAUUCUUAUUACAGUCGCAA